AUAACAGCAUGAAGUGCCGUGGAACUGGAAUAGGCGUGUCCUCUCCUUCGACCCUCCCCCUCCUUGUCCCUCUGCUCACCCCUCGCUCGUUCCCUCCCUCCGGCGAGGGACGCCUUUAUAACAACUGCUCAGAGUGCGAGGGCGGGAUAGCUGUCCGAGGGCUCCCCCAGCACUGAGGAGCUCGCCUGCUGCCCUCUUGCGCGUGGGAAGCAGCACCAAGUUCACUGCCAACGCCUAGGCACUAGGGUACAGAAUGGCUACAACAGUCCCUGAUGGUUGCCACAGUGGCCUGAAAUCCAAGUACUACAGACUUUGUGAUAAGGCUGAAGCUUGGGGCAUCGUCCUAGAAACAGUGGCCACAGCUGGGGUUGUGACCUCGGUGGCCUUCAUGCUCGCUCUCCCGAUCCUCAUCUGCAAGGUGCAGGACUCCAACAGGCGAAAAAUGCUGCCUACUCAGUUUCUCUUCCUCCUGGGUGUGUUGGGCAUCUUUGGCCUCACCUUUGCCUUCGUCAUCAGACUGGAUGGGAGCACAGGGCCCACACGCUUCUUCCUCUUUGGGAUCCUCUUUUCCAUCUGCUUCUCCUGCCUGCUGGCUCAUGCUCUCAAUCUGACCAAGCUCGUCCGAGGGAGGAAGCCGCUUUCCCUGUUGGUGAUUCUAGGUCUGGCCGUGGGCUUCAGCCUAGUCCAGGAUGUCAUUGCUAUUGAAUAUAUUGUCCUGACCAUGAAUAGGACCAACGUCAAUGUCUUUUCUGAGCUUUCUGCUCCUCGUCGCAAUGAAGACUUUGUCCUCCUGCUCAUCUACGUCCUCUUCUUGAUGGUGCUGACCUUCCUCAUGUCCUCCUUUACCUUCUGUGGUUCCUUCACGGGCUGGAAGAGACAUGGGGCCCAUGUCUACCUCACGAUGCUCCUCUCCAUUGCCAUCUGGGUGGCCUGGAUCACCCUGCUCAUGAUUCCUGACUUUGACCGCAGGUGGGAUGACACCAUCCUCAGCUCUGCUUUGGCUGCCAAUGGCUGGGUGUUCCUGUUGGCUUAUGUUAGUCCCGAGUUUUGGCUGCUCACAAAGCAACGAAACCCCAUGGAUUAUCCUGUUGAGGAUGCUUUCUGUAAACCUCAACUCAUGAAGAAGAGCUAUGGUGUGGAGAACAGAGCCUACUCUCAAGAGGAAAUCACUCAAGGUUUUGAAGAGACAGGGGACACGCUCUAUGCCCCCUAUUCCACACAUUUUCAGCUACAGAACCAGCCUCCCCAAAAGGAAUUCUCCAUCCCACGGGCCCACGCUUGGCCGAGCCCUUACAAAAACUAUGAAGGAAAGAAAGAGGGCAGCUAACUCUGUCCUGAAGAGUGGGACAAAUGCAGCCGGGCGGCAGAUCCAGCGGGAGCUCAAAGGGAUGUGGGUGAAAUCUUGAGUCUUCUGAGAAAACUGUACAAGACCCUACGGGAACAGCUUGCAUCCCUCCCAGCCUCAACCACAAUUCUUCCAUGCUGGGGCUGAUGUGGGCUAAUAAGACUCCAGUUCUUAGCGGCGCUGUAGGUUUUUUUUUUUUUUUUUUUUGUCUCAUCCUUAGGAUACUUCUUUUAAGUGGGAGUCUCAGGCAACUCAAGUUUAGACCCUUACUCUUUUUGUUUGUUUUUUGAAACAGGAUCUUGCUCUGUCACCCAGGCUUGAGUGCAGUGGCACGAUCACAGCCCAGUGCAGCCUCAACCUCCUGUGCUCAAGCAAUCCUCCCAUCUCCGCCUCCCAAAGUGCUGGGACAACAGGCGUGAGCCACAGCUCCCAGCCUAGACCCUUAAUCUUGCUGUUAUUUUCCAUGGACUAAAGGUCUGGUCAUCUGAGCGCACACUGGCUCACACAGCUCUGAGGGCCUGCUCCUCUAACUCGCAGUGGGUUUUUUGAGGAUUGCUUGGCCCAGAGCAGACCUGCACAUCUGAGCAAAAACAGCAAAAGCCUGUCUCUCAGUGCACCGACCUGAAUCUACACUGGAAGCCAACUUGCUGGCACCCCUGCUCCCCAACCCUUCUUGCCUGGGUAGGAGAGGCUAAAGAUCACCCUAAAUUUACUCAUCUCUCUGGUGCUGCCUCACAUUGGGCCUCAGCAGCUCCCCAGCACCAAUUCACAGGUCACCCCUCUCUUCUUGCACUGUCCCCAAACUUGCUGUCAAUUCCCAGAUCUAAUCUCCCCCUACGCUCUGCCAGGAGUUCUUUCAGACCUCACUAGCACAAGCCCGGUUGCUCCUUGUCAGGAGAAUUUGUAGAUCAUUCUCACUUUAAAUUCCUGGGGCUGAUACUUCUCUCAUCUUGCACCCCAGCCUCUGUAAAUAGAUUUACCGCAUUCACGGCUGCAUUCUGUAAGUGGCCAUGGUCUCCUAAUGGAGGAGUGUUCAUUGUAUAAUAAGUUAUUCACCUGAGUAUGCAAUAAAGAUGUGGUGGCCACCAUUUCACAGUGGUGACAGCAGUUACCAGUAGUGAGCAUUAGACUCUGGGGGAUAGAACACGGGCUUCCCUGAGAGCUUCAUGUUGGAGCUGAAGUUCAAGGUUCACUUCCUUUGGGUUUGUACUUGACCCUUCUUCAUAGGUCUCUCCUGUUGCCUCUAAAACAAGUGUGUUUCCCCUCAUUUUUGAGGCUGUCAAUGGUGUGAGAGCCAGGAUCAUCACAGGGCCUGAGGUUUUACUCCAGAAAGGCAGAGGAGUGGCAACCUUGGCUUGGGGUUUGGCAGCCCAGGAGAGGCAGGGAGGAUAACUCAAAGCUGGUUCCAUGUUUCACCCAAGGUCUAAUUGUGGGAGAGGACAAAUCCAGAUCCCCUGUUUGACAGAAUUAGUUCACAAAUGUCUCUCGGCAAAGACAUGUGAUACCUAACCAUGAUAAUUGACUUAAUCCAAGAAACAGCUCUGUAGGGCAGAGCAAUAGGAAAUCUCUCUUUCGUUAUGCAAAAAAAAAAUCCCUCUACAUAGAAACUGAGUGACAUGUAAAAAUGUGUAGCUAAGUCAGGGAGUUACUUCCUAAGAGCCUGACACUCUGCUUUUCAUCAAAAGGAAAAACCAGAGUGAGGCAGAGGCGAGGGAGGUGGAGGUGAGCGGAUGAUGUGCUGAGUUAGGGAUGUUUAUAUGCUGCAAAGGUUUGGUUGGUAGGCUUCGCACUAAGAUUAGCCUAUCUUUGUACUGAAAAGGGGGAAGGACACAUAGUGACACAGAUCCUUCUGGUCUUUCCCAGGAGGUGUGACCUAAUGAGGUUUGUUGUGAGAAGAAAGCAAUGUGGUUUCACAUAUAUUAUCUAUCAUAGGCUAGGGACUCAAAAAAUGCAUAUUCCCUCCCCUCUUUCUCUUUCUUUCUUUCUUUCUCUUUCUUUCUUUCCUUUCCCUCCCUCCCUCCCUCCCUCCCUCCCUCCCUUCCUUCCUUCCUUCCUUCCUUCUCUCUCUCUCUCUCUCUCCCCUUUUUCUGUCUCACUCUGUCACCCAGGCUGGAGUGCAGUGGCAUGAUCUCAGCUCACUGCAGCCUCCACGUCCUGGAUUCAAGCGAUUUUUGUGCCUCAGCCUUCUGAGUAGCUGGGAUUACAGGCGUGUGCCAUCACGCCUGGCUAAUUUUUGUAUUUUUAGUAGAGACGAGGUUUCACCAUGUUGACCAGGCUAGUCUUGAACUCCUGAUCUUAAGUGAUCCGCCCGCCUCGGCCUCCCAAAGUACUGGGAUUAUGGGUGGGAAUCACCAUGCCCAGCCUCCCUUCCAUCUUUUCUUUCCUUCUCUGGUCUUCGUACUACUAACCAAGCAAGGCAGGAGGAGUAAAAGGUAAAAUUACAAAAUACUCUGGAUCGGCAUUUUUUUUUUUUUUUGAGACAGGGUCUAGCUCUACGGCCCAGGCUGGAGUGCAGUGGCACAAUCAUAGCUCACUGCAGCCUCAACUUUCUGUGCUCGAGUGAUUCUCCUGCCUCAGUCUCCUGAGUAGCUAGGACCACAGACGUGCACCACCACACUUGGCUAAUUUUAUUUUUUCAGAGAUCACAUGUGGUUUGAGGGAGGAUAGGGAGGACAGGGUGUCAAGAACAGCAUUUUUACCAAGUUGGUAUAAAAAUGAAACAGGAUACAGGCAUGGAUCUUUACACUGAUAGUUAUAGUAAGUUUUAAAAUCUGAGCAGCAAUUUGAAUCACUUCUUGAAAAACAAACACACACAAUAUAUUUUUCGUAGAGGUGGGGGUCUUGCUCUGUUGUCCAGGCUGGUCUUGAACUCGAGAUUCUCCUGCUUUGGCCUCCCACAAGUGUUGGGAUUACAGGCGUGAGCUACUGCACCCGGCCUGCUUUCUUUUUAGGGAAAAGGAUCUGUGGGAGCUUUUAUCCCCAUGGCUGCCUUCCUCAAGUCAACCUCUCCCCGGAGAUGGCAUCAUCUCUGGACUGUUGUUUCUCCUUCUUCCUUCUUCCUUCUCCUCCUCCUCCUCCUCCACCAUGCCCGGCUGAUUUUUGUAUUUUUAGUAGCGACAGGGUUUCACUAUAUGGGCCAGGCUAAUCUCGAACUCCAAACCUCGUGAUCCACCUACUUGGCCUCUGAAAGUGCUGGGAUUACAGGCAUGAGCCACCGCGCCCGGCCCUGUUGUUUCCCUUCUAAGAAACGCAGUGGUCUCUGGAGUCUGCACGAGCAGGCCACCCUGCACUGAACGCCUGUUCUUGCCAGGUGGCAGAAGGUUGCUGCUCAUUUGAGCAGUACCUGUCACCCCUCCUCCCCCUGCUGCUGCUGUUAACUCAUCUUCAGGUCUCACACCUUCUGCACAUAAAUAAGCUGUUUUUAAAAAUUAUUUUUUUUACUCUUUCUUUUCUUUGGAGAGGGUACCAAAGGAUAGCUCUUCUGUAUAAGUAGGGACCUCUCAUGGCCUGCAGGCUUUGGCAUCUGAGAAUCAAACUGGAGAAGAUUCCGAAGCCGUUCUUAUAAGUGUCUCCAUCUCUACCUGGGCUGAAAUGGAAUGUGCAAAUGUAGCCCAGCCUGGUCCUUGGGUGUUGCCAGGUGAUUGAUGACUUGGAGCCAAAGUGGCAUCUCCUUUGACCAAAAUGGGCGAUGAUGAAAUAAAACUCAACAGCCUUUCUCUCAUCUUUCAUUGUGAGAUGGGAAAUAGAGCGUGUCUCUCUGCCUCUCAUUUUAGGCUGAGGCUGUCCAAAGCGGCCAUGCCCCAUGUUUCCACUAGAUGGCGCUGACACAUCAGGCAUCAACCCUCAGGGCCUCCGAGCCUUGCAAAGGCAGCCACUUAAAGCCGCUAUCCUGUGCGGGGCACCAAGCUGAGCUGCAGACAUUCAGUAGGCACGAGGCAAAUGCGUCCCAUUUUAAGAGGCUUGUAUUUAUGAGCUCUUUGCUUCCUCCCUCCCACUAUCUUUAAAGAAUUGCUCUCCAUCUCCUUUGGCAAAGUUCCUUUGCCCUUUGUCUUAUUUUUGUGAAACCCUCCAAGGUAUUUCCAGUCCAUUUGCAUGCAAUCUGGCAUCUUUACGGAGAACGGUCUCAUAUGCUGUUGUUGUUAACAUCGACUAGUAUUUAUGUGUUGAGAACACUGGCUGUUUGUCAGGAAAAGUGUGCCAAAACAAAGAGUACCGCCGGCCCUGGAAAUGCAUCAGCAAAACCCAUUUCCCCCGUGCACUCAUUCUGAGCUUCCUUCCUUCAUUUCUGUCAUUACUGCUGAGAACUGGACUGUGCCCAGCUGACCUUUCCCUUCCUUGCCCUCAUGUUGCUGCCAGGGUCUGCAGGUUUGCCACCGUCCCGGCCCCAAUCUGAAACAUGGGAUUAUUUCAGAAUUGGAGGUGGCAGCUUCAGAAAAAAAUCCUUCUCGAGUGUUGACUGCUGAGAUCCAGGAACUGGGAAAUCAACCCCUAGUUUGUAGAUUGCCCUCUUUGGAAAUUCUGUGUCCCAACCUCGUGGCUGUUUUCUGGAAUUCCUUCUAUUGGGGCAGACAGUGCUGUGCCUUUCUUGACUUCAGGAUGUUCCAAGGAUGCUGCUGGAUCUGUGUGUGUGUGUGUGUGUGUGUGUGUGUGCCUGACCCUGAUUUCUGCAACCUCCAGAUUCUUUCUUGACCCUUCAAAGUGGAACAGUCCAGUGCCAAAAAUUUUAGAGUUUGAGAAGGUCACAGAAAUCCUCUAGUUGGUGCCUCCACAGUCUUCAUUUUACAGAGGAACUCAGGCCUAAUGGAGUUAAUGCAACUAGAUCAGGGUUUUGGUUCUGUGUUCUUUCUACCAUCAGCACCUGUGUGGUCAAUUCUGGACACUUCCCAGAGAAGUCUUUGAGUAGAGACUCCUACUCAAAUUUCACUGUAUAUUUUAAGUGUUCCUCUCCUUUUCCUUUGCCUCCCCUGUUGCCUUUUCUUCCCCUGAUUUCUCCUCUGGUCAUCUCCUCUCCCUUCUGCGUGUAAGCCAUGGGGAAAGGAUGGGGGAGGACAGCUUCUGGUUAAACACAGGACCCCUCUUCCACAUCAAAUGAACAUUGGCUUCCUGGGAGGGAAGGCCUUCAAAGGAGGGAUUGCAAAGCAAGGCAAAGCGUUCUGUCUUCAUUUUCCCCACCCCCAUGAGAUAGGACCGAUGGAGAGGGUGGUGGCGCAACACUGCUUAAUGGAUGCCUUUUCACAUCAUUUCAGUUUUUAGCCCUCAUGACUGUAUUUUCUAAUCAGAGACAAUCACAUUUUAAAUAAAACAAUGACAAAGAA